GGACGACAUCGCACAACUGGCGCGCUCGCGUCCCAAUCCCGAUAUACAUCAUACGUGCGCAACAUAAACGCCCCCGUCUGGUGCUACGCGUGGCUCUCACUCACCAGCCUCAAUAUAUGUGAAUUCUGCGGUAGCACCAUGGGACACCUCCGUAUCCGCAUAGAUGGUCACCGCUUCCUAGACACAGAAGAUCGAGAGGUUAUUCUGCACGGGAUCAACGUUGCUGCCGAUGCGAAGUUCCCGUCAAACCCGGACCAGCCGUCGCAUAUAUCAGAGAAUUUCUUUGAUGGGGACAAGGUUAGAUUCACUGACAGGCCUUUCGCUCUAGACUCCGCCCAUGAACACUUCUCGAGGCUCAGGCGAUGGGGAUACAACACCAUCCGAUAUGUUUUCACAUGGGAAGCAAUAGAACAUGAAGGCCCUGGCAAGUACGAUGAAGAUUGGAUACAGCAUACUAUAUCUCUUCUCCGCAUCGCACGAGAGUAUGGCUUUUACAUUUUUAUGGACCCACAUCAGGACGUUUGGUCACGCUUUACCGGUGGCUCCGGUGCGCCGAUGUGGACCGUCUAUGCGUGCGGAUUUAACCCUAAGGCUUUCGCCGUAACAGAAGCUGCACUUGUGCACAACACUUACCCAGACCCUGCAUCUUUUCCAAAAAUGAUUUGGACAACAAACUACUGGCGGCUUGCUAACCUUACAAUCUGGACAAUGUUCUUUGCUGGCCGUGAUUUCACGCCUAAGGCCAUCAUCGACGGCAAGAAUAUCCAAGACUAUCUUCAACAACACUUCCUCAAUGCGUGUAAACGAUUGGCGGAAGCUAUAAGAGAUGCCGGUGAUCUGGAAAACGACGUUGUGAUUGGAUGGGAGAGCCUCAACGAGCCAAAUAGGGGUUUGAUAGGCUAUCAGGAUCUGGCGAAUAUACCAAAGGAGCAAAAGAUGCAGAAAGGAACCUCACCAACGCCGUGGCAGGCAAUGCUGACAGGUUCAGGCCGUGCUUGCGAGAUUGCGACGUGGGACUUCGGUAGCAUGGGGCCGUAUAAAUCAGGUACUGAAUUAGUAGAUCCUGAAGGCGUAUCUGCAUGGUUACCACCUGACUACGACGACACAUUAUAUGGUUGGAAGCGGGAUCCUGGCUGGAAGCUGGGCGAGGAUAUAUGGGCGCAACAUGGGGUUUGGGACCCAGCGACUGACACCUUACUUCAAAAUCAGUACUUCGCAAAGGAUCCACGGAACGGCGCAACAAUGGACUAUGAGUACUUCACAAAUCAUUGGUUCAUGGACUUUUAUCGGAAAUACAGAGAUAUGGUACGAAGUAUCUUCCCAACGACGAUCAUGCUUUGUCAACCACCAGUGCUGGAGAUUCCACCGACGAUCAAGGGCACAGAAGAUGAUGACCCGAACAUGGUAUUUGUACCACAUUUUUACGACGGACUUACGCUUAUAUCGAAGAAGUGGAAUCGCCUUUGGAACAUAGACGUCUUCGGCGUUUUGCGAGGCAAAUAUCUUACCCCAGCUUUCGCAAUCCGCAUCGGUGAGACCGCAAUCCGCAAUUGCUUCCGUGACCAGCUCAAGGCUAUCCGUCAAGAGGGCAUGGACAAUAUGGGCCUACGGCCGUGCAUCUUCUCCGAGAUUGGAAUUCCGUACGAUAUGGAUGACAAAUAUGCGUACAAGACCGGCGACUACUCAUCCCAAAUCGCGGCUAUGGAUGCGAACAUGUUUGCAAUCGAAGGCUUCGGUGGUAAUGGAAUGACUCUUUGGGUAUACGUUGCGAGCAACAAUCACGAAUGGGGUGAUAAUUGGAACGGGGAAGAUUUGAGCAUUUAUUCACUAGACGAUCGGCCUUUGCCAAAUGCACUGCAAAGAGCUAAAUCGACCACAAGCCUGGAUACGGAUUCUCCAUCGUAUUCCCGCUCAUCACUGUCAGAUGGUAACGUCGUCCGCCCGUCAAAUCUGAAAGCCACCCUCACGACAGAGACGAUGGAUUCUAGUACGAGUAUGCUGCGCAAGGCAGCUGCAAGCAACGACAUAUCAGCACUCGCGGAUGACAGACCAAUCAACGUAGCUGGGUACCGCGCCGCGGAGGCGUUUACACGCCCCGUGCCUACAGCUGUGCACGGCACGGUAGAGUCCUACGGUUUUAAUCUUCGAAAUUGUACGUUUGUCCUCAAACUCACUGCGCCAUCGCCAACGCGCGAAGGCGCGCCGACGGAAAUCUUUUUGCCAGAGUGGCAUUUCCCUUGCUCCGGUGGCGCAACGACCGUAGAGGUUAGUGGUGGGAAGUGGGAGAUUAGCAUUGGGGAAGACGAGUGUCAGCGUCUGAAGUGGUGGCACGCCGAAGGAGACCAGAACAUCACCGUCAAAGGGCUAGUACGAAAAAAUGGGGUCCCGCAGGGAAGCCUAGAGGAAGAGGCGGGCUAUUUGGAGCAAUGUCAGAAAAAUGCUUGUGAUGUCAUGUAAUCGGAUGCACACAAUAUUUGUUUGAAAAUCUUUUUGGCGCAGCGGGGGUCGCAACGUUUAGUUUGCUGGCGAAUACAAGUGGGGAGCAUGCUCAGAUGCAUCAAUCUCAGUCUGCGGUCAGCGAGCCAAAUAUCUUGCGGAGCUAAUUACAUUAAUUGUCCCAAGCUCCAGGAAUACGAUCUGUCUCUUACGAAAAUGUUCAUACACGCAGAGUUAAGUGAUCACUUGGUGCGGGCUUGAAAAAUGAACAGAAUAACUCUGCUCGAUCAUACUACCUUCGACUCAAAUGCUUUAGGGCGGCGAUGUGUGCCUCUAGGGAGUACCAAUCUCCCUCAACGUCGAGAGCGUCCAGAUAUGGCAAGCGUGCAGGGCUUCGCUGUAUGUUACCACGGCCGGUGCUGAUGACUACAAGCACGUUGUUCGAGCUUGUCCCAAGCAUCUGCUCUCCUGGUGUGCACAGAGCCCGAGACAAGCUGAAAACUGCUGUUCUGGAUCGUGCAUGAGAUGAAGAAGAUGCGUGGUCAGAAUUACGCAGUGCUAAGGCCAAAGCGUUGGACAGCUAUGGGUGGGAGUCUUGUUUUGACAGCGGAAGGGGGUCGUGGACAAAUGUCAGAGGCGCUGCUAAUGGCGCUGACGUUGACUUGGUAGCGUGUACUACAGCGAACAAGGCAUUUCACCACCUGCUGCACACACUUGUUCGAACAUAGCCGCGCGCAGCAAUCCACGAGGACAGUGUUAAGAAGUAUAAGUUAUUCGUAGCAGGACACC